UGGCCAGAGCAGGCAGACGGCCAGCACCGGUUUCCUCUCCUCUGCAGAGGCCAGCUCACCCUCCUCGGACCGACAUGGCCCAGGACCGCCCCUCCUGUGCCGUGGAACCCGAGCAUGUCCAGCGGCUGCUGCUGUCCUCUCGUGAAGCCAAGAAGUCAGCCUACUGCCCCUACAGCCGCUUCCGUGUGGGGGCUGCCCUGCUCACCGGGGACGGGAGGAUCUUCUCUGGGUGUAACAUAGAAAACGCCUGCUACCCACUGGGUGUGUGUGCCGAGCGGACUGCUAUCCAGAAGGCCAUCUCCGAAGGGUACAAGGAUUUCAGGGCUAUUGCCAUCUCCAGUGACUUGCAAGAGGAGUUCAUCUCUCCCUGCGGAGCCUGCCGACAAGUCAUGAGAGAGUUUGGCACCGACUGGGCCGUGUACAUGACCAAGCCGGACGGCACAUUCGUAGUCAGGACGGUCCGGGAGCUGCUACCGUCCUCGUUUGGACCUGAAGACCUGCAGAAGAUUCACUGAAAGCUGGAGAAGAGAAUACACGUUGAUUGUGCGAGAGGCCAGGCUCUCUACCUAAGGAAGCUCUUGGGAGACUUCAUAAUGAUGCUGUCCCUGGCUGAGCCUUGGGGACACUUGCCACAUGGGUCCCAAAUGGAGGAGGGUCAAGGGUGACCUUGAUUCACACACCACAGCCUCCCCUCGAGUGACGGAAGAUGCCACUCACCUAGGCCAAAGCCCGCAGCCUCCUGGGGACUCAGAGCACUCCUCCUCUUCCUCUCCCGAAGGCCCUGGUGUUCCAGGCCUGGUCUGCCUUCCUACCAGCCUUCCACGAUUCUGUCUGUGGAUUCACAGAUUAUAAACACCACGGGACGUCCUGAUUCAGAAGAACGUAUUUUUGUUCUUGGUUUGUGGAUGCAGCUCUCAUGGGCGGUUCGUCUCGCGGGGGUCUCACCGGGUCUCUUGGGGUCUCACGGGGCACUAUUAGUUGCUGUCUUCUGGUGGAGGAUGUGGGUGCUUCCCGGGGUGCCUCUCUAAGUGGCGUCUGAAGUCCGAGGCUCCUUGCCCAUGUGUUCUUGGACGGGAGGCCCGUAGGCAGGGUUUGAUUACAGAAGCCCAUUUGCUACAGUGAGGGGCAUGGGCUGUGCUUACAAGGUGCACGGACAGAGUGGGAGGAAGCUAGGUCACUGGAAUGUGUCCCUGCAGGGUAUGGAGGCUUCCAGGCUAUGAGGUGAGCUGGUCUUUACCACGCACCCAUACAAUCAU